CGAGUAUUCUCCAGAACUCAGUCGUGUUCUACUUAUAAUUCAAAUGAAAAUUUUAAGUAAUCUUUUGGUUAUAAACUCGCAGCGCUUGGGCGGCAGCCGUUUCCAGGCGUGGCCUAACGUACGCCAAACCAGAUCAGAUAUCCGACGGCAAAAUGACGGACAACAGUCUUCUGGCCGCCAUGUGAAAAUUAUUCAUAUUGUCAAGAUGUGCAUCCUGUUGCUUUUGUGGUUGGGCUGUGCAUUCAUAGUGUUUGUUUUCGCAGCCGAGCAAUCGACACGCAGCACUAUGAUCACCGUGAUGCCCAAUAAAACUGCCAUGACGAAAGUCGAGCCGCCCAACAACGCUCUCAAAGUCACACUACAUGGACCAGUACAGAGUAAUGGAGCUGACGGCGUGGACUUGCGCUUGGAAUGGCGGAGCUCAGAUUUAAAUGUGACUUACCGCCGGACCGAGGUGUGGAACAUUGGCAUAAGCAAUGAUGAUACGGCAUACGCGAAAGUGUCGAGAAACUUCAUGGUCAAAAGAACGGGAGGGGCAGAUAGUCAAGCAGUUAUCUCGCUGGAGAGUAAACGGAAUUCUCCGAUAUCCCUGCACGUUGUUAUAGACACAAAUCCGAUGGUCACUGAUAUGUGCCUCGUUUGUGCAGGGCUCUUGAUCCUUGGACUCUAUAUGCUGAUCAUUUUUGACGUAAUCGAUCACACCUUUGCUGCACUCAUUAUAGCUACCACAGCUGUCGCGAUUCUCGCUAUCCUGGAGCACCGGCCCAGCAUGCGUGCGAUAGUAUCAUUUGUUAACUUCGAGCCCCUAAUGUUGCUCUUCGGGCUAAUGACCAUUGUGGAUAUUAUGGCGACAACGGGCGUCUUCGAUUUCCUGGUCGUUUGGACCUACAGGAUUUCCAGGGGUCGACCGUGGCCGCUUAUUUUUUUUCUGAGCAUGCUGACCGCUUUUUUGUCCGCUUUCCUGAACAGCGAUAUCAUGGCUUUGUCACUAACCCCAAUAACUAUCCGUCUGUGCGAGGAGAUGUCCCUGCGAACCAGCUACGUUCUGGUCGUAAUGGCUAUAUUCGCAGAUAUGGGCGGUGCAUUAACGCCUUUGGGAAAUCCACCCAAUGCGAUCGUAACGACAAGUCCGGUUGCGGUUGCGGAAGGAGUUGACUUUGCCCACUUUAUAAUACACAUGAUGCCAGGAGUGCUGGCCGCGAUGUUCGUGGUCUUUGGUAUAAUUUACGUGACCCACAGAAAAAGUAUAUUUGUCCUGGAUCAAAAUCAGUUGGAUCUUAUGGAGGAGAGAGCCAGAGGAAAAAAACCGCCCAGCCAGGAAACCCUAGAUCGCAUAGCUCUCCUCAAGGGUAGCUUGCCAGGCAAGUACUGGUUGAGGCCAGUAGAAGGCUAUCCAGAAACAUUGGCUGAGUUGGAGGCGAGCAGUCGGAUUCUCGAUAAGCCGCUUCUGGUUAGGUGCUGCAUAGCCCUCAUCUUCGCCUUCCUCUGCAUGCUCCUCCACUCGAUACCCAAAGUAGCAGAUGGGGCUUCCUUGGGCUGGGUAACUUUGCUAGCCGCCUUCUUGCUCAUUAUCCUGGACGACAAAAACGACCUGAACGCCACACUCGGCAUAAUCCAGUGGACAAUCCUCCUAUUCAUAGCAGCCCUUUUUGUUUUGUCUGAGGCCGUGGAUCAGUUGGGAUUUUUUGAAUGGCUCGGGGACAGAACGGUUGGAUUUCUUAGGAGUUUGGAACCACAGAACCAGAUUGCGGUAACCACCAUGGUAAUUCUAUGGACGACCGCCCUACUUACAAUCUUUAUCGACAACGCCGCUGUUACAAUAUUUAUGCUUAAGUUCAGCAUCGAGAUGGCCAGCAACGAUGACAUCCCCCUGCCACCGAUGUUUUGGGCGUUGACUUUUGGAGCCUGUUUUGGGGGAAAUGGGUCUUUAUUUGGGGCCGUUUCCAAUGAGAUUAUUGCGCUGAUCGCCCUACAGCAUGGCUAUAAGAUAUCUUUCUGGCACUUUUUCGCCAUCGGAUUUCCACUAAUGCUGGUGACCAUGGUAAUUGGUUCGGGAUACCUUUUAAUCGCACACUCAGUUCUAAGUUGGAACUUACAUUUGGUUCGUUAGAGAAAUAUAUGAAAAUAAUAAAAUCGAAAAAUUUU